AGACAGUAUCUUCUGGAAUCGGCGGCCUUAGGGAAUUUCUAUUAUCCAGGAAGCCGUGGGGGGAGAUUUGAAGACACUUAGUGGAAAUCUUAGGACACACAAGCCAAGAGCAGAUUGAAUCUGUCAGUUUUUAAAAUUUUACCAUUGAGAGUUUCUGAUAGUGGGUACCGAGGAGGAAUUCAUUGACUUAAAGAUUUCUUCCAACUCCGGCUCCGAGAAGAUGGUAGGACCCAUUUCCUCCCCCUCCCCCGCCCCCUCCAAAACCACUUGGAAAUCUCGCGAUGGAGGGAGGAGGAGGUAUACCCCUAGAAACACUUACAGAAGAAAGUCAGUCAAGACAUGUUCUACCUGCAAGUUUUGAAGCCAAGAGUUUGCAGAAAAGCAACUGGGGGUUCUUUCUUACUGGGCUUGUGGGUGGGACCCUGGUGGCUGUGUAUGCUGUAGCCACACCGUUUAUAACGCCAGCCCUUCGAAAAGUCUGUUUGCCAUUUGUACCUGCAACUACGAAGCAGAUUGAAAAUGUUGUGAAAAUGUUGCAAUGCAGAAGAGGAUCCCUUGUAGACAUCGGUAGUGGCGACGGACGCAUUGUCAUAGCGGCUGCGAAGGAAGGGUUCACAGCAGUUGGUUAUGAAUUAAACCCAUGGCUAGUUUGGUACUCCAGAUACCGCGCUUGGCGAGAAGGUGUGCAUGGUUCUGCCAAAUUUUAUAUUUCGGAUUUGUGGAAGGUUACUUUUUCGCAGUACUCGAACGUUGUUAUUUUCGGUGUGCCUCAGAUGAUGCUGCAGUUGGAGAAGAAACUUGAACUUGAACUUGCCAAUGAUGCACGAGUCAUUGCUUGCCGGUUUCCCUUCCCACACUGGACUCCAGACCAUGUCACUGGGGAGGGGAUAGACACAGUGUGGGCAUAUGACGCGAGCACGUUUAGAGGCCGUGAAAAGAGACCCUGAACAUCGAUGCAUUUCCAGCCGCCCAUUCAAGCAUAA